GGUCAUGGCGCGUAUUCCGGUUUGGCGUGUUGACUGUCGUUCGUGUUUUUUUGUUGUUGACUAGAAUGUUAUAACUUACUUAUCAGAAAAAGGGCCAUUCCAAUACCAUUUUAUGUUACAAAUUUCUAAAGGUUACAGGUAAACACAGGAGUACUCGGUGUUUUUUUGUAUCAAACUCCAGGGUUAAUAUUAUCUAUGGCUAGUAAAAAAUGCAUGCCUCUAAUAACUAACUACAAAUCAGAUGAUUCCUCGUUGGAUGAUGAUGAUGCUGAUUGUGAUGAUAUCUUUAAUAGUCUCACAGAGAAUAGUCCAAAUAAUACUCUUGAUGAAGACGACCAACCAUUGUCUAAUUUCCGUCCUCUUCACUCAUCACAAAAUGAUUUUCUAAAAAGUUUGACUGUUAUGCAACCAUCUACAAAUGAUUCCUCUAUCGGUUCAUUUAAACAAAAACCCACGUCUCCUGAAGACUCGAUAUUACCAAAUAUAUCUGAUUCAGAAGAUUCAGAUUCUUUCUCAUCCAGUACUGAUGAAGAGUUCAAGAAAUUGGUGGAUACUUCUUCUUCAUUACCUGUAACUGAACUCCUUAGGUCCAAACAAUUUACACUUAUGUAUAGCGAUAAAAACUGUCAAAAAGGCAAAUCAGAUAGAAUAAUAAAUAUAGGUUAUUCACAAUUUUUUCAAGAAAUUCAAUCCUCUAUUAAAUAUGAACAACCUAAUGCUAGUUUCUAUGAUAUAUGUCAAUUAGUUGAUAAACGCUGGAAUCAAUUAUCAAAAAUCGAGAAAAAAGAGUACAAAAAACAUCCUGUAGUAUCAAUGGAGUCACAAAAGAUGACCUCUUUAUCAAAAUGUAGAUCAAAACUGCUCAGUUUAUUAAGCGAAGACAAUAAACAAUGCUGUAAUCCCACGUGUAAAAAUCCAGUUUCCUAUGACCCUCGUUGGAAUGGUCAGUAUUGUUCAACCAAAUGUGUUGGGGAACAUUGUCAGUUAACUUUUAUUGAUUGGUGUAAUAAUAAACGAUAUGAUGGGAAGAUUUUAAAUGAUACUUUAUAUACAGUUCAAAGGAUUCCAGUUAUGUCUCCUGCUGAAACAAAUAUUAUCAGUAUAAAAUCCUCUACUCAUAAGAAUGAUAAUCCUGUUAUCAAUACUCCCAUCAACAUUGCUAAUAUUACUACUACUACUACUACUACUACUACUACUACUACUAAUAAUAAUAAUAAUAAUAAUAAUAAUAAUAGAGCUAUUAUGAUCGAUUCAUCCGAUUGUGUUUCAGUUAGCUUAAAAAGAAAACCUUUAUUUGAAUCAUUAAGAUCUGAACAAUUUACUACUCAAUCAGUUUUAAUCAGAUCAUCAAAUACUUCAAGUUCAUCUUCUACAGGACCAACAUCAAAUGUAACUUUAUCUUUAUGAUCAAUAGUAUAAUAAAUCAAUAAACUUUUUAACUUGUUCUUCUCUCUUUCUCCCUCUCUCUCUCUCUUUCUUUCCUCCCCCCUCUGUCUCUCUCCCUCCCUCUCGUAAAAUUACUUAUUUUGUAAAUUUAUUUUCUUUUUUUAAAGAAAUACUUUGAGAAACAAAAUUCUUCCUAUAUUGUAUAGUUUGUGUUGGGAACCAAAAAAAAAGAAAAAAAACCCACUAAAACAUUAAUGCAUUUCAAUAUUUUCUAUUUGUAAAGGGGUAUAGUGUUUUAUCAAAAUUUCUUUUUUUUCGUUCACUUGUUUAUGUUUUUUUUUUAUAAAUUAUCUGUUAAGAAGAUUUCAGUUACCAUGGUGUUAUAAAUUUUAAUUCAAUUUUUGUGUAAUUUUUGAUGAUAUAAAUAAUCACUAUUUAAUAAAAAGGAAAAUAUUCUAAUAAACUAUUUGUAUAAAGGUUAGGUAAGUGGUAGACUGUUAAUCUAUGGUUUACAAACUGAAGAUUCAUUUCAAAUUACUUUAUUAUUAUUGUUAUUAAUUUGACAUCAUUUAUUUCGUUAUUCUAUACUCCAAUAAAUUUCGAUUUAAGAGUUUCAUUUGUUUUUAUUAUUGAAUUAAUUCUGAUUAUGUUAUUAUACAAAUAGAAACAUGAUUUUGAUAGAGUUUUGUUCUUUGAGCUGAAUGGUUUGAUUGUGAAGCUUUCAUCAUUCUUCAGGUAGACAUUUUUGCUGAUGAUGUCGUUUAGAAAACCGAUAAAAGCUCCAUGGACAAACCAUCCAACUCAGAGAACAAACUUUACUUACUUGCUUACGCCUUUUACUUCUAAUGGAACAUAGACUGACGACCAGUAUUCUCCAACCCACUCUGUUCAGCGCCUUCCUUUC